GAGCGGGGCUGGGGGCUGAGAGCGGGGAUCGGGCACCGGGGCUGAGGGAUGAGAUACUGGGGUGAGAGCGGGGCUAAGGGACAGGACAGCGGGGUAACACUGGGGGUAAGGGACAGGACAGCGAGGUGACACUGAGGAUAGGGGACAGGACACCAGGGUGACACCGGGGCUAGGGACUGAGUGCUGCGACAAGGUACUGGGGUGACACCGGGACUAAGGGCCGGGACGCUGGGGGUAAGGGAUAAGAUACUGGGGUGACAGUGGGGAUAAGAGACAGGAUACUGGGGUGACACCAGAGUGACACUAGGGUUGGGGCUUUGGACACCAGAGUGACUCUGGCAUGACAGCAGGGCUGGGGGUUCAGGCACUGGGGUGACACUGAGGCUGGCAGUUUGGGCACCAGUGUGACACAGGGGUGACACCGGGGCUGCGGGUUCAGGCACUGAGGAGGCAAUGCAGUAACACUGGGGUGACCCUGGGGCUGGGUGAUCAGGCACCAGGUGGCACUGGGGUGACACUGAGGUGACAGUGGGGCUAUGGGUUCAGCACCGGGGUGGCACUGGGAGCGAGGAACCGGGCACGGGGGUGCACCAGAGCCAGAGAUGGCCGCUGCCGGUGCCCUCAACGUGGUGUCACUCAGGCCAGUGCCGGCCGGGAGGAGCUGUGGUGCUAUGGAAAAUGGAGCCAACUCCCCUUCCUCCAGCUCGGUGGCUUUGCCCUCGUCCUCCACGGCCACCUUCAAGGAGGAGCUGCUGUGUCCCAUCUGCUACGAACCCUUCCGCGAAGCGGUGACGCUGUGCUGCGGCCACAACUUCUGCAAAGGCUGCAUCAGCCGCUCCUGGGAGCACCGGCACCACGCGUGCCCCGUCUGCAAGGAAACCUCCUCCUUCGACGACCUGCGCGUCAACCACACGCUCAACAACCUGGUGGAGAUGAUCCUCCGCGAGGAAGAGCGACGACGGGGCCGCCCGGCCGCCCUCUGCCCCCUGCACCACGAAGAAGCCAAUCUGUUCUGCCUGGAUGACAAGGAGCUGGCGUGCUUCGCCUGCCAGGGCUCCAAGGAGCACGAAGGGCACAAGAUGAGGCCGGUGCAGGAGACGGCGACGGAUUUCAGGGCUUGCGAGGGUCCUGAGGGCGUCUCCCCCCCGCAGGCCAAGCUGAAGAACAUGGAGACCUCCCUGCAGGACAAGGUGAAGGAUUUCGGAGCUGUGCAUCGCUCCUACGAGUCCAUCUCCAAACACAAUAAGGUGGAAGCCAAGCGGCUGGAGGAGCAGAUCAGGAGAGAGUUCGAGAAGCUGCACGAGUUCCUGAGGGACGAGGAGAAGGCGCUGCUGUCCCAGCUGCAGGAGGAGAAGCAGCACAAGCACAGCCUCAUCGAGAGCAAGAUGAAGCAGCUGGCGGAGAACAGCCAGGCGGUGCUCAGCGAAGCCCGCCAGCUCCAGGCUGACCUCGAGGAGGAUGACUAUACCUUCCUCAAGACCCACAAGAACCGUAAGCGCAGGAUUGCCUGCACAGCUGAGGAGCCAGAGGCCGUGCCUUUGGGGAUGCUCAUUGACUCCGCCAAGUACCUGGGCUCACUGCAGUACAACGUGUGGAAGAAGAUGCUGAACAUCAUCACCGUCGUCCCCUUCAGCUUCAACCCCAACUCAGCGGCGGGCUGGCUCUCGGUGUCUGAGGACCUGACCAGCGUCACCAACGGGAGCUACCGGCUGCUGGUGGAGAACCCCGAGCGCUUCACCUCGGCCCCCUGCAUCCUGGGCUCCCGUGGGUUCUCCACUGGCUUCCACACCUGGGAAGUGGACCUGGGUGGCAUCACGAACUGGAGGGUCGGGGUGGCCCAGCUGCGGGGCGGCAUCCAUUGGACCUUCCACCACGACGCGCGUUCCGGGUUCUGGUAUAUCUAUCGCCUUCCUGGGAUGAACAGCAAGAUGUGCCAGGCAUCCAACAUGGCUCGCUCGGAGGUGGCACUGGGGGAGCUGGUGCGCAUCCGCGUCGAGCUGGACUGCGACGAAGGCGAGCUCUCCUUCUACAACGCCGACUGCAAGACGCACAUCUUCACCUUCCACGAGAAGUUCGGCGGCACCGUCUUCCCCUAUUUCUAUGUAGGAGGCACGCCGGUGGGCGCGACACCCGAGGCGCUGCGCAUCUGUCCCCUCCGCGUCCGCAUCCACGAGGAUGUCCCCGUGUAGGGCCGCUGUCCCUCUGUCCCGUGUCACCUCCAUCCUCCCGCGGCUGGGGCUCCCCAGGUGCUCUUUUAGGGUCGGCUGUCCUCGGGGAAAAAAAAAAAAAAAACAAAGAAAGAAAAAGAGGACAGAAAAAAAAAAGAAUUUAUGUAUGUAUUACCUCUUUUUUUAACUAUCUUUAAUAAACGUGUUAUUCUAGUA